AUGUCAUAUCAAAGAGCACGAGACCUAACAAGAGGGGAGUUCACUACUCGACCUAUUUUCCACCAAGAAGAAAAUGGCAGCAGUAGCAUUGCUUCACAAGACACUCCGGUGGAUCCAUUCGACGUUUCACCUGAAAGUCAUCUGGCUUUUGAACUACAGCUGAACUAUUCAAACCCUCCACUGCCACACAAUCAACAUGGACGUCCAUUUGUUGUCCAUGGAGGGGUGUACAGUGAUAACUCCUUCAAUUAUAAUUCAAACUCAUCUUCGUCCUCGUCUUCCAUGGCUAAUGUGUUUGGCAACGGUGCACAAAGGCUGGGGGCUCCAAGAGGAAAUGCGAAGUAUCUGCACAACCCUAUUAGAAACGAGAACUUGUACAUUAACCAACCUCCUGCUUAUGAUCGGUACCCAAUUAUCAAAGAUUCAGAAGCCAAUUCAAUAACACUGUCCAACUCACAGCUGCAAUUACAACAAGGAGCAGCAGCCGCUGCCACUGCAGCAGCAUUAGCCGAUCAUCUACAUAACGAGCCACAGUCCAGCUCAUUUUCCAAGGGAUCCGACACAAAGUACCCUGCGUCGUAUAAAUUUACCGAGUUUAGCCCCUUUGGCGGAUUCCCCGCAUCUUCAUUCCCACUAAGCAUAGAGGAGAAAGAGCCAGAUGAUGAUUUACACAAUCCAAAUCCGGUGAAAGAUGCAGAGUACGAAAAGAACCGGUUUUGGUAUGACUUGAAGCAGGGUGACAGUCGAUCGUAUUGGGGGAUUGUUGGAUUUCUAUUCCUUCUUGCUGCAGCUAUUGCAGUUUUUGUCAUUUUACCAGCUUUGACCUACUCUGGUGUCACUGAGCAUGGACCACCUCAAACUUAUGAAAUCUUGACCCAUUAUUCGUAUCCCAUGUUGAGUGCAAUACGAACAAACUUGAUUGACCCCGACACGCCAGAAGAUGCAUUGACUUUGGACUCGAAAGGUGGCGAUAAAUGGCAGUUGGUGUUUAGCGACGAGUUCAAUGCCGAGGGCAGAACAUUUUACGAAGGUGACGAUCAAUUCUUCACCGCCCCCGAUUUACAUUAUGAUGCCACUAAAGAUCUUGAAUGGUAUGAUCCAGACGCAGUGACUACCGCCAAUGGUACUUUGACACUACGCUUGGAUGCUUUUAAAAAUCAUGAUCUAUUCUAUCGCUCUGGUAUGGUACAGUCAUGGAAUAAAAUGUGCUUCACUCAAGGCCGGAUUGAAAUUUCGGCGAGACUACCCAACUAUGGUUCAGUUUCUGGACUUUGGCCAGGUUUAUGGACAAUGGGUAACCUCGGUCGUCCUGGUUAUUUAGCUUCGACCGAAGGAGUAUGGCCAUAUUCGUAUGAUUCAUGUGAUGCGGGCAUCACUCCCAACCAAUCUUCGCCAGAUGGCAUUUCCUACUUGCCUGGACAAAGGUUGAACAAAUGUACGUGCCCAGGAGAAUCGCAUCCAAACCGUGGAGUUGGAAGGGGUGCUCCUGAGAUUGAUCUCGUUGAAGCUGAAAUUAUGGUUGAUAGCACUGGUAAGAAACCGAAUAAUGGUGUGGCUUCUCAAUCAUUACAAAUGGCCCCAAUGGAUAUUUGGUACAUGCCAGAUUACGAUUUUAUUGAAAUUUACAACUACUCCAUCACCACGAUGAACACGUAUGCGGGGGGCCCUUUCCAACAGGCGUUUUCGGCUACUACAACGUUGAACCGUACUUGGUAUGAAAGAGGCAAUGGAUUGGAGCACCAGUACCAACGAUUUGGCUAUGAAUAUCUCAAUGACGACGAUAACGGGUAUUUGAGGUGGUAUGUUGGAAGAGACCCCACGUUGACGGUGUACAGUACGUCAUUGCAUCCAAAUGGAAACAUUGGAUGGCGUCGAUUAUCGAAGGAACCAAUGUCCGUUAUCAUGAACUUGGGUGUUUCAAACAACUGGGCGUACAUUGAUUGGGGUGAAAUUGUAUUUCCCUCAACGUUCACAAUCGAUUACGUUAGAGUGUACCAGCCAGGAAAUGCCAUCAAUGUUGGGUGCGAUCCUGAAGAUUUUCCAACUUAUGAUUACAUUCAGCAGCAUUUGAACAUUUAUGAAAAUGCUAAUCUAACCAGUUUUGAAGAUGCAGGGUAUUCGUUCCCAAAGAGCAGUUUGACUGGUUGUUAG